AUGGCUGUUCUCGUCACCGUUACCACCAUGCUCCUCUUCUUUGCACCCUGCUGCGUGGCGGAGGUGGUGAUCGAGCACGACGAGCACGGGGUCGGUGAUUGGAUCGGUGGCGUGCUGGCAAACAACGGCCGCAUCUACUGCAUGCCAUUCGCGUCAGACUCUGUGCUGAUCAUUGACCCAGCGGCAAACACCACCGACACCACGACCAUCAGCGGCUUCGACGGAAGCAGCGGAAGCGGCGAUUGGGCAGGCGGCGUGCUCGCAGACAACGGGUUGAUCUUCGGGUUCCCCUUUGACGCGGAGACCGUGCUCAUCAUUGACCCAUCGACAAACGCCGUGGAUGCGACCAGCCUUGGCGGGCUGCCAUCAACUGGGAACAAGUGGAUCAGCGGCGUCGCCGCCGACAACGGCCUCAUCUACGCCGUUCCGUGGUCCGCGGCAUCUGUCCUCAUCAUCGACCCAGCGACCAACGCCACGGACACCACGGCCAUACCCGCGUCUGCACCAGGCAUGUUUAAGUGGCGUGGUGUGGUGCAAGCAAGCAACGGCCUCAUCUACGGUGUGCCAAACCAAGCUGAUUCGGUGCUCAUCAUCGACCCUGUGAACAACACCACCGACACGAGGACCGCGUUGGUUGGCAUGCCGGGGGUGCGCAAGUGGCUUGGUGCUGUCCUUGCAGACAACGGUCUCAUCUAUGGCAUUCCCUUCAAAUCCUCGUCCGUCCUCAUCUUCGACCCAGCCACCAACACAAUAGACACCACCACCAUCAACAGUGAUCCCCCUGGCGACGACUACCAGUGGCGGGGCGGCGUGCUGGCCCACAAUGGGCGCAUCUACGCCAUUCCCAGCAACGCACCGGUUGUGUUGGUCAUCGACACGGCCACCAACACGAUCGACAUCACAUCUCUCCCCGUGUCAGAGUCUCUGGACAAGUGGCAAGACGGUGUCCUCGCCAACAACGGCCUCAUCUACGGCAUCCCCUACGUAGCAUCCGACCUGCUUGUCAUCGACCCCGGCUGCUAG